AUGGGAGCUAUUAGCAUGUUGGCCGAGGCAAUUAAUUUUAAUGAAGAUGGUUUAAGAUUACUUUUAUCAAUUAUGGCUGGGUACCCAUUUGGUGCAAUCUAUAGAACAUUAUUUUAUAACAAAUCAGCUCAAAUACAAUAUAUCUAUUUUAUCGUAACUGGAAUUAUGAUUUACCUCUUUAAUUGCGGAACCAACAAAUAUUUUGUUGCAAUGGUUCAUACAUUUUUUCUUGGUUACUUAUUAAUUGGAUAUUGGUUUACUGAGUCUGAUGAAUAUGAUAUCAAUUGGACAACACCUUAUUGUAUUAUGGUUCUUAGAUUAAUUGGCCUUUGUCUUGAUGCAUAUGAUGGAACAAUUGAUGAAAAAAAAUUAUCAGGUGAUGCAAUUAAAAAUAAUAUAAAAGUUUCACCAGGAUUAGUUGAAAUAGCUGCUUACUCAUUUUACUUACCUUUUACACUUGUUGGACCAGUAAUUCCAUUAAAUUAUUUUCGUGAAUAUGUUGAUGGUAAACAUUUAACAAAAUCAGGUAAUGUUAGAAGUUCAUCACUUAUGGUAUCUGUAAGAAGAUUUUUGGCAGGUGUUACUUUUGCAGUUUUUAAUCAAUGGGGAACAUUUUGGAUAACUAAUGAAUAUUUUAAUUCACAAGAUUUCUUUAAUUUACCAUUUUUAUGGAAAGUUAUAUGGACAACUAUUUGGUAUAGAUCAACAUUUUACAAAUAUGCUUGUGCUUGGUUAUUAGUAGAGGGUUCUUCUAUUUUAUCUGGUAUUGGUUAUACAGGAAAAGGAAAUAAAGACAAUGAUAAAUGGGAUGGAUGUCGUAAUAUAUCAUUAAGAGGUUUUUUCCUUGGUUCUGACUAUCAAUCAUGUGUUGAGUCAUUUAAUAUUAAUACAAAUACAUGGGCUAAAAAUCAUGUAUUUAAACGUCUUAGAUUUUUAGGUAAUAAAUAUUUAAGUCAAGGAACAACACUUUUAUAUCUUGCAAUAUGGCAUGGAUAUCAUUCAGGAUACUUUAUUCUUUUUGGAUAUGAAAUGAUUUGUAUGAUAAGUCAGGCUCAAUUAUAUGAAAUAAUACCAAGAAUACCAGGAUUGCGUCAAUUACUUGAUAAACCAUACAUCAAACCAUUAACAUGGUUGUUUGGUAAAAUUCUUAUCACAACAACAAUGGGUUUUGCUUUCUUAACAUUUGGACUUAUUAAAAAAGAAUUUUGGAUUAGACCAAUUUUAUCACAAUAUGCAUGGGGUUAUAUACUUUAUAUCGUCAUUUGGCCAGUUAUAUAUUAUACUUUAUGCAAAUUAUUCCCAAAGAAAAAAUUGGAUAAAAAAUCAAGUGAAAGUAAAAAAGAAUUGUAA